GGUGGGACUGGAAGGUUCUUCCCACCUCAGUAAUUCUGGGAUUCUGUGCUCACUCUGAGCUGGUUAUCAGCAGAAUCCCUCAGAUUGUCCCUGUCAGAGCUCACAUCCCUGGGGGUGUCACUGAGGCCUCUCCCUGUCCUCUCCCUGCAUCCUCAGGAGCUCCCUUGGUCACCUCAGCUGCCCAAAGUGCCUCAGUCCCUCUGAUUUUCUUCACUCUCCAGCGCAGAGGAGGCACAGGGAGCAGAGUACCCAGAGAGGGUGUGGAUUCCCCAGCCCUGGACAGGCCCAGGGCCAGUCUGGAUGGAGUUUGGAGCUCCUGGGACAGUGGGAGGUGUCCCUGCCAUGGCAGGGGUGGCUCUGGGUGGGCUUUAGGAUCCCUCCCAAUCCAAACCGGUGUGUUGGGUACACAGCAAGGACAGCAGGAUCGUGGCAACUCCUCCAUUUCCAGAGAUCCAGCUGGGAAGGAGCUGCUGGGAUCCAGCUCCUCUCCAGAUGCAUCUGCCUGCUCCUCCAGUGUCCCCAGGCUGCUGCUUCUCCCUGGCACAGGGUGAGGGUGCCCAUCCCAGCACCCAGGGGUCCCCAGGAGCCUCCUCCCCUCCUCUGCCCUUUGGGGUGAGUAACACAUCAGAGGCAGCACAAAGCCAAAUGGAGCUGUUGUGCAUCCAGCUCCGUUCUAAGCCGUGCUGGCAGCGUUUCAGGGUCAUUUUUUGCAAGAUCCACAGCAGUUCUGUGUCUCCUGGCUGCCAGCAGCUGCUCUGAGUAGGAGGAAAACCACAAUGGCAGCUUUUGAGCAGCUCUCAGCUUUGCCACCUACAAACAAAGCUUUCCUGAUAGAAACAAGGCUUUCCCAGCCCAGCAGCCCAGCUGUUCCAGCAUUUUUGAGAGUUCUCAUCCCCCUGGCAGUGCUGGAGGCACUCCUGGUGUUCCUGGUGCUUGUGGGACACAGAGCACAGGGAUUUACCCAGGGAGAUUCCUCAGGUUCAGAGGGAGAAGCAGAAUUUAUCCAGUCCUUGCCAUGCACCCCUCGAGCUCCUGCCUGCUCCAGGCCAGGCCCUUUUUUCCAGCCAUCGAGCUCUUUGUGAAGGCUGGCAGUGAUGGGGAAAGUAUUGGGAACUGCCCGUUCUCUCAGCGCCUCUUUAUGAUCCUGUGGCUCAAAGGUGUCAUAUUUAAUGUCACAACCGUGGAUCUGAAAAGAAAACCUGCAGACCUGCAGAACCUGGCCCCAGGCACCAACCCCCCGUUCAUGACCUUCGAUGGGGAAGUGAAAACCGACGUCAACAAGAUCGAGGAAUUCCUGGAGGAAAAGCUGGCGCCGCCCCGGUAUCCCAAACUUGCACCGAAGCACCCCGAGUCGAACUCUGCAGGAAAUGACGUCUUUGCAAAAUUCUCUGCGUUUAUAAAGAACCCAAGAAAAGAUGCAAAUGAAAAUUUGGAAAAAUCUUUGCUUAAAGCCCUGAAGAAGCUGGACAACUAUUUAAAUAGCCCCUUGCCCGAUGAAAUCGAUGCUUACAGCACGGAGGAGAUCGCUGUUUCCAGCCGGAAAUUCCUGGAUGGAGAUGAGCUCACUUUAGCAGAUUGCAACCUCCUACCAAAGCUCCACAUAAUCAAGGUCGUUGCAAAAAAAUACCGAAAUUUUCAUUUCCCACCCGAAAUGACAGGGAUUUCCAGAUACUUGAAAAACGCAUAUGCAAGAGAUGAAUUUACAAACACGUGCCCUGCUGACCAGGAGAUUGAAUAUGCAUAUUUGGAUGUGGCAAAAAGAAUGAAGUAACCAGAAGAUGCCUCUGUUUAUUGUUUCUGUGAUUGGCAACAGCCAAGCUGGGAAAGCAAAGACCAGCAGAGAUUCUGCGGUGUGAUUUUAAGUUCUGCUAUUGGCCAAUCCUUUUAUAAUGAUUGUAUUGCAUUAUUUACUCCUUCUUAAA